CUUCGUCCACUGCUCCCCAGAAUCGCAAACAAGUUCCUCUUUUGUAUCAAUUUUUCACAAAAUAGCCCAGACACAAGGAGACUCGUAACCGACACAAAGAUGACGGAGGCAGUGAUCAGGAAGAAGCCAGGAAUGGCUAGCGUGAAAGACAUGCCCGUCCUCCAAGACGGGCCGCCGCCGGGCGGGUUCCCUCCGGUCCGAUACGCCCGUCGUAUUCCCAAUAAGGGCCCCAGCUCCAUGGCCAUUUUUCUUGCUGCUUUCGGCGCUUUCUCUUAUGGCAUGUAUCAGGUGGGCCAGGGCAACAAGAUCCGAAGGGCACUUAAGGAAGAAAAGUAUGCUGCUCGCAGGGCAAUAGUGCCCUUGCUUCAAGCUGAAGAAGAUGAAAGAUUUGUGAAAGAGUGGAAGAAAUAUCUUGAGUAUGAAGCUGAAGUAAUGAAGGAUGUGCCUGGUUGGAAAGUUGGUGAAAGUGUCUACAACUCAGGUAAAUGGAUGCCCCCAGCAACCGGUGAACUGCGCCCUGAGGUGUGGUAAUAAUUUUUCAACCAAAGUUUCAGAAUUGGUCUAUUAUCUCUUCAUGCAAAUUUCUUGUGUCGCUUGGUGUAGCCCCUUCUUGAAGGAAAUAAAAAUGUACUGAAAAAUCGCUUCACAUUUGUUCAAAAUAACAUUAGAUUGUUCUUCUUUACAACA